AUGAAUGAUCCUAACAACAAAUACAACGAUAAGCAAGCGCCUGCGUUCUUCAACUACCACGAGUUCCUCGUGCCCCACGAAGCUGUCUCAGCGUCAACUCUAGCAUCUCAAGUAUCACCUUCUGAAAAAGAGCAACCCCAUGAGUUGUCCCUUGUGGUGAAUCAUUUUCCCAACGUCUACGCUCCAAUUGAAUCAACCUUGUAUAAAGACACACGAAUUGUAAGAAUUCCUCGGGCAUUCCACGAGAAGGACUACUCCUACAUGAUCCCACAGUUCUCUCUCUACACUCCUGGUGAAGAACCAGCAGCAGUGCUUGGACAGCCUACUUUAGGAAGUUUUGAUUGGCAAGUGUUCAGCACAGUCUCAAAAACGCCAUUGGUGCCACUGCUUCUUUCAGCUCUGGAGGUGGAAGAUAUAGUGAAGAGGGUGAAUGCGUUUCUAGCAGAUGCCUUCUCCUUGAAUUCAAAGUGGACAUGGGUAGACAACAUGCUUGACUUCUUGACAGGCACUCUCUAUUCAAGAGUUUGGGGGUGGCUAGUUCUGGAGCCUUUUACGAAGAGACAAGUACAGAAGUUGGAUGAGUAUGUGGAGCAUUUGAACGAAACCUUCUUGAGCAAAAGGCAUCCUCUAUUGCGUCUUAUAGCGCCGAGAGAGAGUGGAUUUCUACUGUUGGAUUUUCAGAUUCCAAAACCAUCGGAUUGA